AUGAAAGGACAAUUUGAUAAUCCCGAUAAGCACGUUGUCCAAUGGCCUAAUACAGCUUUAAAUGAAAGCAAGGCAAGAAAAUUUGAAGGUCAAGCUAAGCAACCAGAUUUUACAGUUUCUAUUGUCUCUCAAUUACAGACCAGUGCCACCAUAUUUGUAGGUGAAGUUAGUCCACCAUCCAAAAAAGGUGAUAUAUAUAAAAAUUGUAAUGAUCUUAUUCGCCUGGGCGUGUUUAUGAAGGACAUCCUAGAUUCAUCUAUUGACAAAGGUGCGGAUAUAAAAGUGCUAGGCUUUCAAUGCAUUGAUUGGAUUAUUAGAUGA